AUGAGUAUGUGGUCUGAUCUCAGCGACAAAUUAGACGAGAAGGUUUUGGAAGACUUGACGUCUAAUGUGAAGCAAAUACAAGACGAUGUAUUAAGGGAGAUACUCACACUUAAUGCUAACACUGAGUGUCUUAGGCCUUUUCUCAAUGGGAGUUCUGAUAAAGAUGCUUUUAAAAAGAAUGUUCCCGUGACGACCUACGACGAUGUGAAGCUUUUCAUCGAUCGUGUCGCAAAUGGAGAGCCCUUUGAUGUAAUUUCAGGCACACCUAUUACCGGAUUCUCACUAAGUUCCGGAACUUCCGGAGGAAUACGGAAGAGGUUUCCAUGUACCAAGAAAUACUUGGAAAACUUGAACUUCAUCUAUCGUUACCGCUCACUCGUUAUAAGCAAACAUUUUGAUGGUCUUGAGCAUGGAAAGGGAAUGGUGUUUAACUUCUGUGUUCCAGAGCUUACAACUCCCUCUGGGUUGCCAGUUUCAGCUGCCACGACGCUCUUCUUCAAGAGUGAUUACUUCAAGAACCGACCAUCAUAUUGGAAUUGGUCAUUCACAAGUCCUGAUGAAGUCAUAUUGUGUUCAGACAACAAACAGAGUAUGUAUUGUCAUCUUCUCUGUGGAAUAGUUCAAAGAGACGAGGUUGUGAAGGUUGGUACAGCCUUUGUUUCUACAUUGCUCCGUGUAAUUACUUUUCUUGAAAAACAUUGGAAAGAAAUUUGCACUAAUAUUCGUUAUGGUCGCCUUAGCGAGUGGAUCACUGAUGUAAGUUGUAGGGACUCCGUUUCAAAGAUCCUUGGAGAACCUAAUCCUGAAUUGGCUGAUCUCAUAGAAAAUGAAUGCGACCAAAAGUCAUGGGAAGGUAUAAUUCAAAGACUUUGGCCUAAAACCAAAUUCAUUGAAAGCAUUGCAACUGGUCAAAUGGCUCAACACAUCCCAACGUUAGAGUUUUACUCUAACAAGCUACCUUUGAUUUCGUCGAGUUAUGUUUCUUCGGAAACGAUGUUUGGGAUUAAUAUGAAUCCUCUAUGCAAACCACAAGAUGUGUCAUACACGUUUAUGCCCCACUUCUCAUAUUUCGAGUUUCUACUUGUUGAUGCUGAUGAAGAAGUCGAAAUUGUUGAUCUUGUGGAUGUCAAACUAGGGUGCCAUUACGAGCCUUUGGUCACAAAUCACUCCGGCAUACGCCGAUAUAAGAUGGGUGAUAUUGUACAAGUGACUGGAUUUUACAAUAGUGCACCAGAGUUUAGAUUUGCCCGUAGAGGAAAUUUGGUUCUAAGUGUUCAUAUGGAGACAACUACGGAUCAAGAUCUUUUAAAUGCGGUGACACAUGCAAAGAUGGUUCUUGAAUCGUCAAAUUUGAUGUUGUUGGACUUCACAAGCUAUGCUGAUAUUUCUACUACUCCAGGUCAUUAUGUUCUUUACUGGGAACUCAAAGGAAAAUAUAACAAUGACAUUGCUGAAAUUGAUAACAAGGUUUUAGUAGAAUGUUGUUACGUGGUGGAGGAAUCCCUGGAGAAUUUUUACAAAGAAUAUAGGAGAAACGGAUGGAUUGGAGCUCUAGAGAUAAGAGUGGUGUACCCAGGAACUUUUGAUUCUCUCAUGGAGUUUUUCAUCAGUCAAGGUGCUUCUUCAACUCAAUACAAGACACCCAUUUGCAUCAAAUCUACAGAGGCCAUAGCAAUCUUAGAAGAAAAGGUUCAUGCUCGAUUCUUUACCGAAAAGUCCCUUUCUUUGAAGUUUUCAUCUUAAUAUUCAUAUUUGUAUGCAUUUGAAGCAAAAAUUCGCAAAUAAGAGGAGACAAAAACUCAAGCUUUUCAAUCUUUGUUUUUAAGUUAAUCUUUACUUGAAGAUAUGCAAUUUGGUUUUUACUAGUGUGGCUGUGUACUAUUUUCUCUAAUGCUACUUUCAAGGAUUAAUGUCCUUGCCAACCACCUUUUUGAGAUGAAAAAAAAAAAUUGUUGAGCAUGGAGCCUGCUGCUGCUUUAUUCAGAAAAUCAUAAAAGUUAGGCCCCACGAUUGUACAAAGGAAAAGAAAUGAAGAAAGUAGAAAUUAUAUUUGAAAAUUAAGCGAUCUGGUACCUUGCUUGCUCGAAUCUCUCUUUUGUAACUAUAGCGGAUUGCUAUUGAUCUAGACGUAGGAUCCUGCAACUCCAGAUAAAAUCACUCUGGAUUUUGAACAAAAUAAACAAGAUUUCCAUUAAGCGAGACCUUGAAUGGAUCGACUUAUAUGUAGAUCGUUACUUCAAAAUCUUGUUUAUUUUGUUUAUAAGUUGGACACACAUCAUUGCGGAGACAUCAUUGCAAUAAGAAGACUCAAAAGCUGUUUCAGAUUAAGAUAAGGAAGUAGUAUCCAAGUUGUACGUAAAAGGAACGGAAGAACUGUGUAGUUGAAAUCGUCGUGUAUGAAAAUUUCUUUAAUAUCAUAAUUCAAUCUCGAUUGUUAGUAAUAUUGGACU